AUGGACGUGCAUUUUUUUGCAAUAAUUUCUUUAUUGUCGGCCAUUUCUGGAGCGAAUAUUAUUUCAGAAUUGAUCGUGGACUAUUUUAGUAAUCAGAAUAUUAAGUCCGUUUGCCUUCUGAACUGUGCGAGUGAAAUAUGGGCAAAGAAUUUGGGAAAAACACUAAUGAAUAUGUCCAUUGGCUUUUCAUUGCUUGAUCUGGCCAAGAAAACCGACUACAGUGCUUUAGACAAAUGCUUGAGAUACACUAGUUGGUCGCUUGGGAUUGUUUUAGAUGUUUCUUGUGAAGGAACUGAUGAUGUUCUUAAUUUUGCAUCAAACAACAGACAUUUCGCCGCAAAUAAAAAAUGGCUAAUCAUUGAAUGUAAAAAUGCUAUUGAUUACCCGAGACAAGAAGGAUUAUAUUUAAAUAAAAACGAAACUAUCAUUGAGACUAUUAGUUACAAUAAUGCACUCAAGAAUGGAACUGCGCUCGUGUCUGAUGCUAGAAUAAUGAAGACCCUUGAAACCCUAAAUUUGAGUAUAGACGCCGAUAUCAAAGUAGCUUUACAGAAAGGUGCUGUAGAUUUUGUUUUAUACGACGUUUUCAAUUAUGGAAAAAUUCAAGGUGGCAGUUUAAUCGUCAAAGAAAUUGGGAUGUGGAACAGUGCAGGUGUUUUCUCAAGUUUAAAUAAAUUCAAAUACUACGAUCGUUGGGACUUCAACGAAAUGGCGUUAAGAAUGAUUCUUGUUAUUUCACCUCCACCUCGGAAAUUUGAUCCGAAAUCUUUGAAAUUACAAGACACUACGCCGACGCCAGGCGUAGUGACCGUCUUGAAGAUAUCUUCAAUAGUCGUACACGAAAUUGCCGAACUACAUAACUUCAGAUUUAAUUACACAAUCACCGAUCGAUGGAUAGGAACUUUUGAGAAGAACAGCAGUAGGGUUGUGGCGAAUUCGCUUUAUUUUAGAGAACAAGAUAUUUCACCUAUAAUUCGGUAUUUGGCUUAUCUAAGCGACAAAUUAGAAGUAAUUCAUCCUCCUAUUACUUCUAUAGAGACUAGAUACUACUACCGCAUCCCAACAAAAGGUCCAGGGAAAUUGGAGAACCAGUUUUUGAGACCUCUAAGCAACGGGGCGUGGUUGUGCUUCAUAGCGGUCUCUACACUUUGUGCAAUAUUAUUAAUUAUGUCGGCUAUUGUGGAGCAACGUCCAUCAAUGGUUCAGUAUGCGGUAUUUUCGGUUAUAGCUUCAGUAUGCCAGCAGUUUUUUCAAGACACGGACGAUGUUGAAGGUCGAAGAAUCUCUGGAGCUCGUAAACUUAUUAUCCUAGUCACCGGUAUGUCCUGCGUGCUUGUCUACAACUUCUACACCAGUAGCGUGGUUAGCUGGCUCCUCAACGGGCCACCACCUUCCAUAAACUCUCUGAGAGAACUAUUGGAAAGCCCGCUUGAGCUUAUUUACGAGGAUGUCGGAUACACUAAGUCUUGGCUACAGAACCCAAUGUAUUAUUACAACAAACGUAACGCCAAAAUCGAAGACGAAAUACGUCAGAAGAAAGUUUUCAACAAGAAAAAAGGGGCUCCCUUGCUGAAAUCUGUUAAGGAAGGGAUUGCUAUGGUGAAAGCGGGAGGGUACGCAUACCACACAGAAGUGAACAGCGCCAACGAUCUUAUAUCAAAGACGUUUACACAGACUGAGCUCUGUGAAUUGGGGUCUUUACAGUCAAUAGAAAAAACCAACGUUUAUGCAUGUGUACAGAAGCAAAGCCCUUACAAGAAGUUCUUCGAUUGGAGCCUAAUGAGACUACAGGAACGUGGCAUUAUAGAUUGUGUCACAAAGAGAAUGGAAUCUAAACACGUGACGUGCGCUGGAAGCUCCCCACGAGCCCUGGCCCUGGGAGGAGCUGCACCAGCUUUUAUGCUGCUUGCUUUUGGAUAUAUUUUGGCGACAAUCAUCAUGUUUGUGGAAAGAAUCAUUUUCAAAAUGAAGUACAGAAACGAAAAAAUA